AUGAGUGAAGAUGAAAUUGAAAUAAUUAGAUCUGAAGAAGAAUUCUAAAGGCAAAAUAAAUUAAUAAAAACACUUUAAACUGAAAAUACUGUAUAUUUAUGUCUAAUGAUAUGUUGUAGAGAUUGUAUUAGGUAGAAAAACAAUUAUAAAAAGAGAUACAAUAAUUACAUCUUAAAUUUAAGAAUUUCGAAUUAGAAAGAACAACAGCAUUGGUUGAAAUUUAAAAUUGGAGUAUUUAUUUAAAUAAUUUAAGGAGUUAAAUUGGAGAGUAAUUUAAAAUAGUCAGAAACAUAAAAUAUUUAAUAUGAACUUCUUUUAAGAAAAAUUAAUAAGAAAGUUGAGAAUGAUAAAAAUGAAAUUUAAAGUUUAAAGCAAUAAUUAUUAUAAUCAUAAAAUACUGUUGAAAAAGAUAAUGAGAUAAUAAAUCUAAAAUAAGAAAAUUAAGUUUUAAAUGAUAAGGUUAUUAACUUGAAUUAGGUUCAUAUUAUUAAGAUUGAUUUAUUGGAAAAGUAAAUAGAAGUUACUUUAAAUUAAUUAUAAUAAGAAUAGUAAACUUCUAUUUCAUGGCAAAAUAAAGUUCAAUAGUUGGAAGAUAAUAUUGAAAAAUUAAAAGAGUUUAAUCAAGUAAAUAAUUUUACUAUAUGAGGGUUUAAAUUAAAUAAAAACAUAGUUAAUAAAUCAAAUAGAUGAGAUUCAGAUGAAAUUAAAUUAGGCGUUAAUUGAAAAUUAGAACUUAUAAAAUUAAUUCGGUUUAUCAUAAUCAUAAUAUUAAGAAUCAUAAGAUAAUUUAGAAAAGAUGAUUGCUGAAAUUAAGUAAUAGUAUGAAGAUAAAAUGUAAGCAUUUUACAAAUAGAAUGAAUAACUAAAUAAAUAAUAUUAAGAAAAAUGUAAUUAAUUAGAAGAAAUAAUUUAUGAAAAGUAAUCAUUAUUGAAGAGAAUUGAUGAAUUAGAAAGUAUUAAUAGUUAAAUUAAUAAAAAAGAAUAAGAAAUAAAAGAAUUAACUUAUAAAUUAUAAACAUCUGAAACAGAAAUAAGUAAAUUAGAAUAAGAAAUUUAAAAUAUUAUACAAAAAAACAAAACAGAACUUUCUAAGAAAGAAAUUGAAACAACAAAAUUAAAAAAAAAAAUUUAAGAAUUAGAUAAAAAAUCUGAAAAAUACUUUAAAGAUAAUAAAUCCAUUCAUUAAACUAUGUAAACUUUAAUGUUAGAAUUGGAUUAAUCAAGUAUAUAAAUAAAAAAACUAAAGGAUUAAGUGACAAGAUUAUCAGAUGAACUAUGUUAAUAAUAAAUUGAAAAAGAAUCAAUUUAAAAAGAAAAAGAAGAUUUAAAAUAAUAGUUUGACAGUAUUAAAGAGAUUUAAAAAUAAUUAUUAGAAAUAGAAGAAAACAAUAAAAAUCUUGAAAAUUAAUUAUAAAAAUCAAAAAAAAAAGAUAAAUAACCUCAGAAAUACUAAAAAUUAGAAGAUAAAAUAAUAGAACAAUAAGAACAUUUAGAUUAUAUAUUAAAAUGUAAUAAAUUAUUUAUAAUGAUUAGAGGAGCUACCUGAAACUUUAGAAUUUAUUUUAGAUUUGACUGAAACAAAGUUAAAAGAAUUUUUUAAACAAAAAGAAUAAGAUAAAUUCAUAUACUAAUCAUAACAAGAUUUUGUAAAGCAUAAGAUUAGCAAUUAUCUAAAUGGAUUAGAAUAAAUACUAAAAAAGGUGAAAAUAAAUUUGAAGUAUAAUAUUGAAUUAGAAUAAGAAUAAUGA